GAUAUCAGUCGUUAAAAUCAGACAAGUAGGCCACCACUUUCUUAUAGUGGUAAAGAAGCACAUUUGUUUGGACGAUGUACCAAUCGUUCAUAUAGUUUCGGCGCGCUACUCUGCAUCGUGGUGAGAUCAGGAGUCGAUGUCUCGUAUCAAGGCCAAAAAGACAAGGAAGUUGCGUGGCCACGUAAGUCAUGGCCAUGGACGAGUAGGUAAACAUCGCAAGCAUCCGGGAGGACGGGGAAAUGCAGGUCUUGAACAUCACCAUCGUAUUAACAUGGACAAGUACCAUCCAGGCUAUAUUGGUAAAGUUGGUAUGCGCCAUUAUCAUCUUAAAAGAAACCCCUACUACUGUCCAACAAUUAACCUGGAUAAAAUAUGGUCUUUAGUUUCGCAAGCGACUUACGAAAAGUAUAGAGACUCCACUGAUGGUAAAGCUCCUGUAAUAGAUUGUUUGCGCAAGGGUUAUUUCAAAGUCCUAGGCAAGGGAUAUCUUCCGAAGGUCCCAGUUAUUGUCAAAGCCCGGUUCUUCUCUCGGAAAGCAGAAGAAAAAAUCAAAGCAGUUGGGGGAGCUUGUAUAUUAACUGCAUAAAUAUAGUUUAGCAUUGGAUAUUCCAUUCAAUUUUCUGAAUGUGACUGGUGACUAACCUAGUCUACUAUAAAUGACGUACAUAAUGUUUAAUCACAAUUUGCCCGUGUAAAAGUCCUUCGGUCACUCAAUCAUAAGAAAACGCAAUGAGGUUCCUGGCCUUUCAUUCUCUCGGCCAACUUUAGCCCAUGUAAUGAGAAAGUAGUAUCUUAUUUAUGACCGGUCGUUUUAUUUGCGUUCACUUAACAUCACAGUAAAAUAAACAGAAAUCUGUAUAUUGGG